UGCUGGACUGAAGGUUCCGCCCACGCGCGGUUCGGCUGCUGUGUGUGUGUGUGUGUGUGUGGAUCAGACACCGAGGAGGAACUCACUACUACUGCAGUCAGUCAGAAACCAUGGCAGAGGAAGUAAGACACAUCUUUGGGAAUAGCACGUUUUUCAAUGGGCUUCUACCCCUCCUCGGACUUCUAUUGAGCGUAUGCACCGGUGUGUGGGCCAACAAGGUGGUGGUUCCUGAGCAGGUGACGGCAGUGCUGGGGAAAAACGUUACUUUGACCUGUAGGGUGGAGGUCAGCACAGACCUCAGCCUGACCCAGAGUUCCUGGGAACGCCGGCUGCCCUCCGGCACCGUCACUUUGGCCGUCUUCAACCCCCAGUACGGGACCUCCAUAGCUGAGGAGUACAGCAGACGGGUGCACUUCCUCAAGCCUUCAAUGCAUGAUGUGUCCAUUGUCCUGGAGGGCAUGAGUUUUGCCGACAUUGGGACCUACACUUGUAAAGUGGUCACCUUCCAACUUGGAAACAUGCAGGCAUCUACAACUGUGGACAUUAUGGUGGAGCCAAAGGUCUAUGUAUCUCCUGGCUCCUUGUCUCUGCUGGCUGGAGAUGGUGAAACACUGGUGGCGACAUGUACAGCUGAAAGGGGUCGCCCAGCGGCAGAGGUGUUCUGGGAAUCAGACCUACCGGGUCAGACAUCAGUCGUCUCGCAGAAGGAGCCUGAAGGCACUACCACCACUUUAGUACACUACAUCUUGGCCCCCAGCCGGGAUGCAUUUGGCCGUUCUCUCAGCUGCGUUGUUCGUCACCCAGCCCUAUCCAAAGAUUUCCGCAUUCCCUACAAGCUCAAUGUGUUUUUUGCUCCAGAUAUUACCGUGAUGGGCCAGGAGGACGUAUGGUACGUGGGACAAAAAAAUGUACAGCUGGAUUGUAGAGCCAGUGCCAACCCACCUGCUCUGUUGUACCUCUGGACCAGGCUGGACGCACCAAUGCCUGCAGGUGUGGACACAUCUAAUGGCACCCUACUGUUUACUCGUCCUUUAAAGUCGAGCGACUCUGGACAAUACAGGUGUGAAGUUCAGAAUGAUGUUGGGCAGAGCUUUCAGGAUGUACGCUUCUUGGUACUAGAGCCGCCACCGACCACUGCAGCCCCCACCACCACCACCAAGUCCAUCCUGCCUGCCACCAGCUUAACCAUCACAGCUUCUAUCAAUCAGCGUGCCCACUUCACCUCCCCAACUCAGGCCUCUCCGCCGGACAGCAGUCUGGGCACUAUUGUGGGCGGUGCUGUCGGUGGGAUCCUCAUUCUGGUGUUGCUGAUGGCACUGGCGGGAGCAUUCUACAUGCGUCAACGCCGAACAUUCAGAGGAGACUACUACACCAAGCAGUACAUCGGCCCAUCAGACAUGCAAAAAGAGUCUCAACUGGAUGUACUUCAACCCCAUGAGCUUCACGACGUGUACGGAGACGACUCGGGCAACGGCAGCCAGGACUUGAAGCCCAAACCAGAAGGAGACAUUAUCUAUCCCGAUUAUCCCAAUGACCACAAAGACAUGGAGGCCUGGAGUGACAAUCUCAGCCUUAAGAGAGAGGACACGUAUUACUCCGACCACCACAACCAUCAUAACGUGAACCCCAGCGGGCCGCCUCUACACAACGGCUCCCCUUACCUGCAGGACGAGUGCUACGACAAUGGCACAGACAGCGACUACGUGUCUCACGUGGAUGGAUCUGUGAUUUCACGCAGGGAAUGGUAUGUUUGAAAAGGCAGGGGAACUUUUACUGGACAACAAUAAUUUAAAAGUCAGCGGAGGAAGUGUUAUUUAACUCAGCAGAGUGAGAUAAAGUGUACAUUUAAAAUGUAUUUUAUGUCUUCUCCAAACUCGGUUUACGAUUUCAUCCUCACGUUUUACGCGUAGCAAACGGCAGAUUUACUGCAGAUAUGUUCUGAAUGGUUUUCGUUCGGUGGACUGCUGUGACUUCCGGAUGUAAAGGGAGAGGUUUACAUGGUUUAUGAUCACAGGGUGGAUUUACACAAAGAAAACAAGUCUGCUAAAAUUAAGCUACACUGUGUGCGUAACCAUUCCCGUUACCACAUUGCACAUAACUGUUAGCUUUAAAACCAGGUGCAGCGUAUUCUUAGUUCUUUCCUUUCUUUUUUUAUUAUUAAAUAUAUAUGUAAAUGACUUCUCCAAUGUAGGAGCAAAACAUCACUUUAGUUUCACAUGAAGAGUCACAGAAACUGACUUUCAACGUCUUGAGUCAUGUUUUGACUGCAGG